AAAUGAAAGAAUGAAUGAAAAAAAUAAAGGAGCAAAGGCUCCCCAACCCCACCCCUGUAUAUAUAUAAAAAAAUUCCUUUAAAGUUUUCUUCAUCCUCAUCUGGGAAAACAAACAAAAGGGCCGAGGGGACUGGUGAUAAAGCUUUCUUUAACAAAGGACUGUUUGGUUGGUUGGGUGUAUAAACAAGGAAACUCACCAAAGUGAAGAGAAAAAAAAGAUCAUUUAUCUUUUCCUUCUUUCUUGUGCUUGUGGGGAACUUAGUUGUUUUUUUGGAAGGAUAAGUGGGAUAUGAAAUUGAAUUAAAGUUUGUUUUUUAAGAGAUUUUGUAAACAAAUGGUGGAAGGAAACCCUAGCUGGUGGAGCAUGCAUUUGCAUCAUCCUUCGGCUUUGUUAACGAGUACUCCAUCGUCUUCAUCUAUCUUCCCUCAAUAUGUUGUUGGAUCUUCUUCUUCUUCUUUGGUUGAUAACCAUGAAGAACAGCUUCCUCAAUCAUGGGGCCAACUUCUCCUGGGUGUCACCGGAGAAGAAGACCGGUACGACGGCCUGGGUACUUUCCUGCCGAAGAAGUUGGAAAAUUGGGAGAACCAAAUCCUAAAGCAACAUCAACAUAGUAACUUGUACGGUCAUCACGCCAAUGAAGAAUUUCAACCACCUAGACCUCCUCCUCCACCUGCCACCGCCGCCGCCGCCGCAUGGUCCCAAAUCAUGUCGGUUUCCUCCCCAAGCCCCAGGUCUUGUAUUACAAGCUCAAGCAGCAACAUGUUAGAUUUCUCUUAUAACAACAUGGCGGCUGAUGGAUCCAACUCCAAUACUCAACCUCCCCCAGACCAUUCUUCUGAGUGUAAUAGGAAAGGCAGCAUCACAGGUGGUGGGGCGUGGAAGAAGGCUAGGGUUCAACCAUCUUCAAGCCAACCGCCUUUAAAAGUGAGAAAGGAGAAGCUUGGUGAUAGAAUAACAGCACUUCACCAGUUAGUUUCCCCAUUUGGAAAGACUGACACAGCAUCUGUGUUGUUGGAAGCUAUCGGAUAUAUCAGAUUCCUUCAGGGUCAAAUUGAGGCUCUUAGCUCCCCUUACAUGGGCACUGCAACUCCAAACAUGAGAAACCAACAAUAUGGUCAAGGGGAAAGGAGUUGUGCAUUUCCUGAAGACGAAGGACAGCAGGAAAAGCAAGAGCAUCAGCCAAAGGACUUGAGGAGUAGAGGGCUGUGCUUGGUUCCCGUGUCUUGCACCCAACAAGUCGGAAGCGAAAACGGUGCCGAUUACUGGGCGCCGCCGGCUUUCGGGGGCGGUGGCUUUUAAGGAUGUAUGUGUUAAAAGUAUGGCUUAAUGGGAUGGAAUGAUAUAACAUCAUGAGCAGUCACUCUGCUGAAAAUCAUAAGGCUGAUUGCUCAUGAUGCUAUUGCAUUCCAAAGUAGCUAAUAUCAAUCGUUCUUGUAUUUUUUUUCUCCCUUAUUAUUAUUAUUGACGUCGGAUAGCUUGUAUUUUA